AUGAAUAAUCUCAACAACUUGAUUUCAAUUGUGUUCAAUUUAAUUGGUCUAACAAAGGGACCAAGCAAUGUCUCUUUAUGUUAUUUGCUAUCAUCUGACUCUGCAGCAGCAUCUUCAUCAAAUGAACUCAUCAUGGAGAAUAAUGGUGAGGCUGUUUGGUGCUGUGUAUGCUUGUCGAGGUUAAAGGACGAAGACGAAAUUCGAGUCCUUCCUUGCCUGCACAAGUUCCACAAGGUUUGUGUGAAUAGAUGGCUCAAAGGUCGCCACAAAACCUGCCCCCUCUGCCGGUUUUCGAUGGGAGGUGGCGGCGAGGAGAAGUCGCACCACCGGCCCGAAAUGUUCACUGAAGAGAUGUUGAUAUGGUUUUCUUCUUUCCAUAUAGCUGGUAUGUAG